CGUAACUCCGCGCUCCGGGAUUCCCCGCUGCCCCGCGCCGGCCCCGCCCCGCGGCUCCGGUUUCAGGCGCUGCUACAGGGACCCCCAAGAUGGAAACGCAGGGGCUGCCCGCCGCGGAGGCGGCCCGGGCCCGGCCCGGCGCGCAACAUGGCGGCCCCGCUGCGCCGCCCGCCGCCCCGCGCCGCCCGCAGCCCGACUGGGACCCCUCGCCCGCCGCCGCCGCCUCCUCCUCCUCCGCCGCGGCGUCGGGCCUCUACGUGAGCUUCCCGGUGCUGCUGGUGGAGGAGAAGCCGGAGGCCAGCCCGGCGCCCAGCCCCUGCGCGCCGCCGGCGGGGCCCGCGCCCGACAACGACGGGCUCCUGCUCGUCCUCAACGUGGUGCGCGGCGCGGCCGAGGCCGGCCCGGGAAGCGGCGAAGCGGGACGCGCCCAGCCCGGCCCGCCGCCAGCGGAGCCGCCGCCGCCGGAGGAGGAGGCCUCUGGAGCGGUGCCUCCUCCGCCGCCGCCUCCCCCGCCGCUGCCCCCCGCCGGCGGCGAUGGCGGCGGGGCGGAGGACGGCUCGUUCUCGGGGACCAUCACCAUCAACAACCAGAGCCUGGUGGUGCGCAUCGAGAACGGCGUCCUCACGCUGGGCCCCGGCGCCGAGCAGGCCGCGGGCACCGCGGCGCCGCCGCCUCCCCGCGCCACCGCCGCCGCCAGCCCUGCCGAGCCGCCGGGCGGGCCGCGGCCGCGCUCUCCGCCGGCCUUCCCGUGCCCGGAGCCGCGCUGCGGUGAGGCCUUUCCCCGCAAGCAGCAGCUACGGCUGCACCGCCUCUCGGCGCACGGCGGUGGCGGUGGUGGUGGCGGCGGGGAGGAGGACCGCGGUGCGGCGGCACGGCCCUUCUGCUGCCCGGUGCCGGGCUGCGCCUGGUCGUUCGCCACGGCCUACAAGCUGCGGCGGCACCUGCACUCGCACGACAAGCUGCGGCCCUUCGCCUGCGCGGCGCCCGGCUGCUCUAAGCGCUUCACCACCGUCUACAACCUGCGGGCCCACAGCCGCGCCCACGAGCAGGAGGCGGCGCACAAGUGCGAGCUGUGCGGGCAGCGCUUCCCCAGCGCCGCCCGCCUCGCCGCGCACCGCCGCCGCAGCCACCUGGAGCCCGAGCGGCCCUACCGCUGCGACUUCCCCGGUUGUGAAAGGACGUUUAUCACAGUGAGUGCGUUAUUCUCCCACAAUCGAGCCCACUUCCGAGAGCAGGAGCAGUUCUGCUGCUCGUUCCCUGGCUGUAACAAGCAGUAUGACAAAGCCUGCCGACUGAAAAUCCACAUGAGGAGCCACACAGGUGAAAGGCCUUUUAUCUGUGACUUCGAAGGUUGUGGCUGGUCUUUCACCAGCAUGUCCAAGCUGCUGAGACAUAAAAGGAAGCAUGAAGAUGACAGGAGAUUUAUGUGCCCAAUAGAAGGCUGUGGGAAGUCCUUCACAAGAGCAGAACACUUGAAAGGCCACAGUAUAACUCACCUUGGUACAAAACCAUUUGAAUGUCCAGUAGAAGGCUGUUGUGCAAAGUUUUCAGCACGAAGUAGCCUGUAUAUUCACUCCAAAAAACAUCUUCAGGAUGUGGACUCCUUAAAGACUCGUUGCCCUGUACCCAGCUGUAAUAAGUUUUUCACUUCCAAACACAGUAUGAAGACGCACAUGGUCAAACAGCAUAACUUCAGCCCAGACCUCCUCACUCAGCUCGAAGCAACCAGCUCCCUCACACCCAGUAGUGAGCUCACUAGUCCAGGACAGAGCGAUCUCAGCAACAUAGACCUCAUAUCCCUCUUCUCCAACGUGUCUAGUAACAAUUCUGGAACUGCAACAGACAUGGCACUGGUGAACUCUGGAAUUGUCACCAUUGAUGUUGCAUCGGUGGGCUCAACACUGGGAGGAAACCUCCCUGUCAGCACCAGUUCUUUGAGCCAGGCAGUCGACCCCUUGAUACUGGUGACGAGCAGCGAUAUGCCACAGAGCCUGGACAGUUCUCUCUUGCUGGGAACCAGUGCAACAGUUCUACAGCAAAGCACUUUAAAUUUGGAUGAUGUACAGACUGUCAAUGCAGAAGCCUUGGGUUCCCUAGCAUCCCUAUCGGUGAGGAAUUCCAGCCAAGAUGUGCACGGUUUGACAUCCAGCAAUAAUCUAACCAUCGACACAGCCGCUUUGACUCCUUCUAGUAGCCUCGGCGGUACCAAUGUGCCUGAGUUACUAACACCAACUAAAGCUGAACGCAAUCUGCUUCCGAGCUCGGAUGUUGUUGGUCAACAAGAGGGCAGCAAAGUAGUGACACAGUUUGUCUUCUCCAACCCUCCAGGGAGCUACAGUGCGCAGAAAGAAAUGGACCUUGGCACCGUAACUGGCAGCUCAUUUUUGGAGAGCAGUGGAUCUGCAAGAACAGACUACAGAGCCAUUCAGCUGGCCAAGAAAAGGAAACAAAAAGGGAAUGGGAGCAGCACAGCAGCAUCUGGCUCUGGUCAGAGGAAAAGCAAGGGUGGUAAAGUGAGCCCUACCAACUUCUCAUCAUCCGCUCCUGGCAGUCGACUGGGUGGCAACAUAGUUCUGCCAAAUGGAGGGCUGACAAUAAGGGACCCUGCCACUGGAGCCCAGUAUGUGCAAAUUCAGCUUCUUCAGGAGGAUUCCGCAGGAGAGGGGGAUUUGCCCUUUCAACUGAGUUCUCAGUCUUCCUCGUCGCAUUCUCAGCUUACAGUGGAUUUACCUGUUCACAUACUUCAGGAGCCACACAAUUCCACUGAAGAUGAUGCAGGUUCUGAUAACUCUCAGUUCACUGGAAGCACAAUAAACUUACAGGAUCUGGAAUGACCGUUAUUAAGAAGAGUUACUUGAAAACAA